AUGCCGACCUACCUCGUCCAUGGCUUCCGUUGGCCGCGAUCGCUCAUACGGAUCCAUAUCAUCCUCCAGAACCUCGAAGACGCUGCUGCUGAAUGGCUAAUAGCUCCAGCUACAACGAAGACCAUGCUACAGAAUUUCACCACCUUGUACCCACACCUCAUGUCGACCCUGCCGAGCUUGCGGUUUGUCGAACAGUACGAUCCGCUCGACGAGAAUAUCAAAUCGCAGCCUUUCGCAUACGUUUGCGAUAUUGUGCAUGAGGUCAAGCUGGGCAUUGACGUAGAAGAGGUCAGAGGCAAGGGAGUGGACAAUGAAGCUUGGGGCUCGUUGAUUGAGCUACGAGACCAGCUUGCGCCAGGAGAGAAGGUUGGCUGGUUUGUUGUGGUCUGUGGGGAUACAGAGCGAUGGGUGCCGCCUGCUCCGUCCGACUACCUCAAUGGCAAUGAUAGCAGUACUGGCAGUGGACACAGCAGGCAUAGUGGGAGUGAGAAUGGCACAAUACGAAAUAGCGGGGAGCAGGACUCACAAACAACGAAGAGCUCUAAAGGGUUUAAGAAGUGGUUCGGUAGUGGUGGCUUGAGGAAGACAAGAAGUUUCAAAGACCUCAGAGCUACGUUCUCUCCUCCAUCGACGAGAGAUGGGGCUGCUCCUCCGAUGCCACCUUUACCGAAAUCUCGCGCCGGUCCUUGA